AUGUCUCAAUUUUUACGACCACUGGCAAUUUUCAGCUCGUCUUGGUCUCGUUCGUGUAUAACACGAACUUCCAAACAGUCUAGGUCAUUCGUGAAACCGUUACUAUGGGGUACUGCUAUUUCCAUCUUUUCAGCUGCGUAUGCAGUACAAAGCACAACCAUCCAUCUUGAUGCUGGGUCAUCUCUGCCCGACUCCGAAUUCGAGAUUGAUCCCGCAACAUCAAUUGCUUUCCCUAAGACCCUUUGUAUACCAUCAAAGAUCCCUUUGCCUCAGUUCUCACUGGUUGGCGUUGGAGUGAGAACCGUGUCAUUCCUUGGCAUAAAGGUGUACUCUGUUGGCUUUUAUGCUGACCUUGCCAAUCCAAACCUGAAUAUUCCCAUGACCGCAACUCCCGACCAAAAAAUUGAGCACAUUAUCCUACCCACUCGCGGCACAUCCUACUCACAUCUCCGUGAUGGCUUCAUGCGUGCCCUCACUGCGCGCAUGCAGCUUGCACAUACACGUGCUACAAUCACUCCAGAAGAGGAACCUGCAGCCCAGUCUUCCUUGAGGACAUUGAAAUCGCUUUUCCCGACUACAUCAAUGUCAAAGGGCAAACCAUUUGACAUAGUACUCCUCGCGCCAUUGCGCAGUCCGUCUCGCCCACGUACUCUGGUACUUACAGAUAUGGGCUCGGUGGAAAAUGAUUGGGUAGCAGAGGAGUUUGUCUUGGCAUAUUUCGAAGGUAACGGAAUUAGCCCUCCAUUGAAGAAAGCUGUCAUAGAGCACGUACAAACGUUCGGAAGUAGUAUUUAA